GCUGGUGAAAAUGCACAGCUGGAGGUGGUAACUGUGUAGAAAAAAAUGGUGUUUUGUAGCUGAUCAUAGGCUCUAUCGAAGAGUGCUGCGGUGCUAUUUGUAUCUGUUGUAGUUUAUGCAUAAAUAAUUAGGAGGCAUUACUUUUGGAGCAAACUGUGUAUUCCUCAGACACUGAAGGUGCUGAAAAGCAAAUAAGAGCGCAUGCUUGCCUCCUUGUCAGCCAUCCCACAGUACACAGCUUGUUACACUGCUGGUGAAUGCUAAUCUCAAAUUUGGAUUGGGUUCUCACUAAUUGAUCUGCUCCCAGGAAAUCACUGCUGUGCUGUCGCUGGUUGCUGGCUGCCCCUGCUCUGCUGUGUUUGUGUGCUCCUCAGGUAUUCUCUCCGUGAAGCAGUGGUUACAUGGGCUUCAGGGCUGCCUUUCCAACCCCUCCUGCAAGAGGAGAGCACAGGUUGCUGCCGGGACCUGCUGUGACUCUGUGGCUUUAUACCUGCAGGUCUCAGACCAUCACAUGCCAUCCACCUAUCAGGACAAUGAAUGAAUCCAAGAGCUGCAGUCUCACAGACAUAGAGGUGAAUCCCCACGUCCAUCUCACUGAAUUUUCUCUAUAUAUCCUCACUUUCUUUUUUGGAGUGAUUUUUAAUGUCCUCGCCCUGUGGGUGUUCUUCUGCAAAAUAAAGAAGUGGACAGAAACCAGGGUGUACGCCAUCAACUUGGUCUUUGCCGAUUUCUUUGUCAUCUGCACCUUGCCUUUCAUGGCAUAUUUGAUCUGGAAAAAGUCAGUUCGAAAUGAACUCUGCCAGUUUAUAGAGGCAAUGUACUUCAUCAACAUGGUAGUGAGCAUCUACAUCAUUUCAUUUAUCUCCAUCGAUCGGUACCUGGGCAUAAAGCACCCCCUGAAAGCUCGGGCCUUCAGGUCUCCAUCCAAAGCUGCUCUUCUCUGUGGGCUCCUGUGGCUUGCUGUCACCACUGCAACCAUCUUAAAACUUCAGCAGAGAUAUGCUGACUUCUGCUUUCAGUACGAUGCCAGCACUCCCACCGCUCUGAUACUGCUUUCCAUGUUCUUCAUUUUCACUCUUCCAUUAGCAACCUUGACCUUUUGUUCCAUAGAAAUCAUCAGAAACCUUAGGAGACAGCUGAAGACAAACUCACCGGAGAAGAAGUCAAUCCAGAAAGCUCUUUAUAUCAUUUAUGCCAAUCUGAUUGUGUUUCUGCUAUGUUUUCUGCCAUCCCACCUCCUGCUCAUUGCCAGGCUCAUAACGAAUCACACUGAAACUACCUGUUCCCUGAACCACUUUUUGAAGAACUUCUCGUCCAUGACGCGGUGCAUUGCCACGUCCAACUGCUGCCUGGACUGUGUCUGCUACUACUUUGUGACCAAGGAGUUCCAGGAAGCCAUCCUGCUGCCCAAGUCCAGCGCUGCCAGAACAAUGCAAACCCAUUCUGUGCAGACACACGUUUGCUAAAAAAAGGAGAAACUAAACAAAACGAAACCACAAUGAAACCAACAAAUUCUACCAUGUCAAGAGGAGAUAUGGCUGCGCUGUCAUGGGGAUAACCAUCCCCCUUUCACUCCAAGGAGAGCUUUGUUACGUGUAUCAUUGUUAAGCUGUAAUUUCUACCCUGUGUUUCUGUUAAGCUGAUAAAACAUUUUAC